AUGCCGUGGCUGAGCGGCGGCCGGCGACGGCGGCGGGGACAGCCGCGCGAGGCCCCCCGGGAGCCCCCGUCGCCCGCGCCCGCCCCGCGGGAGCCCCCGCCGCCGCCCCCCGCCGCUGCCUCCGCGCCCUCCGCGCCCUCCGCGCCGCCGCCGCCGCGGGCCCGGGAGAGCGCCGAGCUGCCGCUGCCCGCCGGCUGGGAGGAGGCGCGCGACUACGACGGCCGCGUCUUCUACAUCGACCACAACACGCGCCAGACGUCGUGGAUCGACCCCCGCGACCGGAUAACAAAACCAUUGACCUUUGCUGAUUGUGUUGGGGACGAACUUCCUUUAGGAUGGGAAACUGUCUAUGAUAAACAAAUUGGAAUUUAUUACAUGGACCACAUAAAUAAACUGACCCAGAUCGAGGACCCCAGGGAGCAGUGGAGGCGAGAGCAGGAACGGAUGCUGAAGGAAUAUUUAAUUGUAGCCCAGGAGGCUCUCAAUGCCAAGAAGGAAAUCUACCAGAUUAAGCAGCAGCGGUUCGAGCUGGCUCAGGAGGAAUACCAGCAGCUGCACAAACUCUGUGAGGACGACAGCCGCUCUUACGCCAGCUCCUUCUCUGGAUAUUCAACAAAUACCAAGUACGACCCACACCAAAUUAAAGCAGAAAUAGCAAGUCGUCGGGAUAGGCUUUCCAGAUUAAAACGAGAGCUGACCCAGAUGAAGCAAGAACUGCAGUACAAAGAAAAGGGGGUGGAGACCCUGCAAGAAAUCGACCGUAAGAUGUCCAGUGCUCACACCACCUACAAACUGGACGAGGCACAGGCUAUCAUGAGCGAGCUGCGGUCCAUCAAGAAAGCCAUCUGCACGGGGGAGAAGGAGAGGCGGGACCUGAUGCUGAGCCUGGCCAAGCUGAGUGACAGCUUCAAGAACAGCUGCUUGCUCUCCGAGCCGCUGCCAGAGUUCCCUCACGGUCCGGCCAUGCUGGGCGACUCGUUCCCUCAGCAGUUCUGUGACGCCGGCUCUCAGACCGACAUCAUCGGGGAGUUUGUCUUUGACGAUAAAACCAGACUUGUAGACCGAGUCAGGCUGAACUGGCAGUACGAGGAAGCCCGGAAGAGAGUCUCGAAUAUCCAGCAGCAGCUGGCCCAGCUUGAGAGCGAGUCCUGGCCAGGCCUGGCCGAGGCUGACAGGGACCGGCUGCAGCUGGUCAAGGAGAAGGAGGCCCUGCUGCAGGACCUGCAGCUCAUCGUCCAGCAGAGGCGGCCACUGGAAGAUGUGGCCCGGCUGGAGGAGGAGAGGCGGCGGCUGGAGGAGGAGAUCCAGCGGGCCCGCGCCACCUCUGUGCAGGGCGCCACGGAGAGGAUUCUUCUUCAGGAAAAAAGAAAUUGUCUGCUUAUGCAGCUGGAAGAAGCUACUCGCCUGACAUCCUACCUCCAGUCCCAGCUAAGAAGCCUGUCUGCCAGCACCCUGACCGUGUCCUCGGGGAGCAGCCGUGGGUCCCUGGCCUCCAGCCGGGGCUCGCUGACCUCCAGCCGGGGUUCCUUGAGCUCGGUCAGCUUCACCGACAUCUACGGCCUUCCGCACUACGAGAUGCCCGACCCUGAGUACAGCCCGCUUCUGCGCUUCGAUCUCCUUCCCUUUGAAGCCCUGGGACGAGAUGCCUCCUUCCCAGAUGCCCCGGGCCCCUCAGGCGUGCCCAAGCAAAGGCGCUCCCUAGACACGCCCCAGUCACUGGCAUCCCUGUCCUCCCGCUCCUCCCUGUCCUCCCUUUCUCCCCCAAGCUCACCCCUGGACACGCCUUUCCUCCCGACCUCCCGCGAAUCACCCUUCGCCCAGUCAGUGGACACUUUUGAGGUGCCAGGCUUGAGUGCCCUGGACAGACUGCGGGCUCAGGCCUCAAUGUUGGGGGAUGAAGACUCGCCGGGCACGAUGUCCCUGCAGCUGCAUGGACACCCUGGGGACGGGGACGGAGCUCGAGAGCGGGGACCUCCAGCGGCUGCUGCCCCAGCAGGUGCAACCGUGACUCUCCGAGAAGACGGCGCCAGCAGACUGGAGAGGAGAGCGCGCCGCGUCUCUGCCUGCCUGUCGGAUUACUCGCUGGCCAGCGACAGCGGGGUGUUUGAGCCUCCCGCCAAGAGGAGCGAAGACGCAGAAGAGUCUGCACCAGUGGACGCCUUCAUGAGCGAAGGGCCCCAGAUCCACGUGGGAUUUUUGCAUGACUGCGCCGGGGAAUGUCUGCUCGUGCACGUGCUGCAGCUGAAGCACUCCGCCCGCCUGCUGGUUCGAGAGGACUGCAAAAUACACAUCCGUGUCUAUCUGCCACCACUCGACUCCAGCACACCAAACACGUACUGCUCGAAGGCUCUGGAAGUCCACGCUCCUCUGGUAUUUAAUGAGGUGUUCAGAAUCCCCGUGCAUUCAAGCAUGUCGGCCUUGACGUCGCUUCAGCUCUACGUGUGCUCGGUGAAUCAGCAGCUGCAGGAAGAACUGCUGGGCAUCGCUCAGAUUAAUUUGGCCAACUAUGACGUUUCGAAUGAAAUGCAGCUGCGGUGGUACUCAGUCCAGAUGUUCACCAGCCCCGAGCUGCCCAGGGAGAGGGACAGCCAGCGCUCCGGGGACAGCGCGCCCCGGGACCCCGCGAGUCCCGCACACGGCCCCUGUGGCGCCGGGAAGACGGACGCGGUGACGGCGCUGCUGGCGCGGACCACGGCGCAGCUGCAGGCGGUGGAGCGGGAGCUGGCGGAGGAGCGGGUGAGGCUGGAGCACGCCGAGGAGGAGAUCCUGGAGCUGGAGCGCAAGGAGGAGCAGGCGGAGGCCGUGUCUGAGAGGAGCUGGCAGGCCGACUCAGUGGACAGUGGCUGUAGCAGCUGCGCGCAGACCAGCCCCCCGCACCCGGAUCCCUGCUGCAGUGGCGUCGACCCCCCCCAUGGACAUCCGCUUCCUGGCCCGGCUGACCCUUGCAGCCCCGAGAGACUCCAGCCUCCGCCUCUGAAGGUUGACAAGGAAACCAACACAGAAGACCUCUUCCCCGGAGGAGUAGCCGGGGUGCUGAAGGAGCGGCCCGGCCGCAGGGCCCGCGGCUCGCCCUUUGUGCGGAGCAGCACGAUCGUCCGCUCGCAGACGUUCUCUCCUGGGGCACGAAGCCAGUACGUGUGCAGGCUCUAUCGUAGCGACAGCGACAGUUCCACGCUGCCCCGGAAGUCCCCCUUCAUCCGGAAUACUCUGGAAAGACGAACGCUUCGCUACAAGCAGUCCUGCAGGUCCUCCCUGGCCGAGCUCAUGGCCCGCACCUCCCUGGACCUGGAGCUGGAUCUCCAGGCGUCAAGGACUCGGCAGCGGCAGCUGAACGAGGAGCUGUGUGCCUUGCGCGAGCUGCGGCAGCGGCUGGAGGAUGCCCAGCUGCGCGGCCAGACCGACUUCCCGCAUUGGGUGCUGCGGGACGAGCGCUUCCGCAGUCUGCUGAAGGAGGCAGAGAGGCAGACAAGACAGACCAAACUUGACUUCCACCAAGAGCAGGCAGCUGAGAAGAUGCUGAAGAAGGCCUCCAAAGGCAUCUGCCAGCUGCGCGGGCAGAACCACAAGGAGCACGUGCACGUGCAGACCUUCAGGGAGAAGAUAGCAUUUUUCACCAGACCAAGGAUUAACGUACCUCCUCUGCCCGCCGACGACGUUUGACCCAGUGCUUUGUCAUGAAGUAUUUAUCUGCCCGUGUCAUUUUCAUGAAGUCCUUAGAUUAGUUACAUUUGCCUUUAAAAUAUUUGUGCAAAGCUAUUAAUAUACACAUUUUGUAAAAA